ACAAAUUAAACCGGAUUUGAUAAACCAUAUGAUACGUCCGGAACUUUUGGUUAGUAGUAAUUCGAGGAUAGCUUCAUGCCGGUUUCGGUCAAGAGAAAUCGCCACCACAGCAAUUGUGAAGAGGUAGACGGAGAAGGCGAAGAAGAAGAAGAAGAGAGAGAAAAUCUGCCGCCGCCAUCACCACCACCGCCGCCGUCGUUGCGGUGGAGUCUCUUUCUAAAACCCGCAUAGAUUCAUCUAAUCCAGAUCAAUAUUUGUUUGGACAUUGGAUGGAUUGAUUUUGUGUGGCUGAUUAAUUGGAUAGUUCGACGACGGAGUAAGGUUUGUUUGAAGUUGUGUGUACCAGCGGAAGAGUGUAAAGAUGGAUUUGGUUGCUAGCUGCAAGGAUAAAUUGGCAUAUUUUCGGAUAAAGGAGCUCAAAGAUGUUCUGAAUCAGCUUGGUCUUUCAAAGCAGGGGAAGAAGCAGGACCUUGUUGAUCGCAUAGUAGCUACACUCUCUGAUGAACGAGCUUCAGGAUUGUUCCCAAAGAGAAACAGUGUUGGGAAGGAAGACGUUGCGAAACUUGUUGAUGACAUUUACAGAAAAAUGCAGGUGUCUGGGGCAACGGGGGCAACUGGGGCAACUGACCUAGCAUCAAAGUCACAAGUUGUCUCGGAUACCAGUAAUGUGAAGUUGAAAGAGGAGAUUGAAGACUCUUACCACAUGAAAAUUCGCUGUGUGUGUACAAGCUCAUUACAAACUGAAACGAUGAUUCAGUGUGAAGACAGAAGAUGUCACACAUGGCAACAUAUUCGUUGUGUUGUCAUACCAGAUAAGCCAAUGGAGGGUGGUGAUCCACCAAUUCCGCCUACUACAUUUUACUGUGAAGUGUGCAGACUGGUUCGUGCUGACCCCUUCUGGGUGACAAUGGGACACCCUUUGUAUCCUGCAAAGUUGGCCAUUACAAGCGUUCCUGCCGAUGGGACGAACCCUGUGCAGAGUAUUGAGAAAACAUUUCAGAUCACUAGAGCUGACAGAGACUUGUUGGCUAAACAGGAAUAUGAUCUCCAGGCUUGGUGCAUGCUUCUCAACGACAAGGUACAAUUUAGAAUGCAGUGGCCUCAAUAUGCAGAUUUGCAGGUGAAUGGGGUUCCAGUGCGCGCGAUAAAUAGACCUGGCUCUCAAUUGCUGGGUGCUAAUGGUCGAGAUGAUGGCCCUAUAAUCACACCAUGCACCAGAGAUGGAAUCAACAAGGUCACAUUAACAGGAUGUGAUGCUCGUGUCUUUUGCUUAGGGGUUAGACUUGUGAAGCGGCGUACUGUUCAGCAGGUUCUUAGUAUGAUCCCGAAGGUGUCAGAUGGUGAGAAAUUUGAAGAUGCCCUUGCUCGCGUUCGUCGUUGUGUUGGUGGUGGGACAGCCACUGAAAAUGCUGAUAGCGAUAGUGAUCUGGAAGUUGUUGCUGAUUGUAUUCCUGUCAAUCUUCGCUGCCCUAUGAGUGGUUCAAGGAUGAAAGUUGCUGGAAGAUUCAAACCUUGUAUACACAUGGGCUGCUUUGAUCUUGACGUCUUUGUUGAAAUGAAUCAAAGGUCGAGGAAGUGGCAAUGCCCCAUCUGUCUUAAGAACUACUCUUUGGAGCAUGUCAUCAUAGAUCCAUAUUUCAAUCGAAUUACUUCUCAGAUGCGUAGUUGUGGAGAAGAUGUCACAGAAAUCGAAGUGAAACCUGAUGGUUCUUGGCGCGCGAAGACAGAAUCUGAUCGAAGGAGUCUUGGAGAUCUUGGACGUUGGCAUUUACCUGAUGGGUCUCUGAGUGAAUCUCCAGAUAUAGAGUCGAAGCCUAAGCCUGAAAUUCUUAAGCAGGUUAAACAGGAAGGAGGCUCUGAUGGAAAUGGCCUUAAAGUUGGAUUGAAGAAGAACAGAGACGGAUUGUGGGAAAUCAGCAAACCUGAAGACCAGACAUUUUCAUCUGGAAAUAGAUUGAGAGAAAAUUUUGGUCAGGAUGUCAUUCCAAUGAGCAGCAGUGCCACUGGGAGUGGCAAAGAAGGUGAAGAUCGCAGUGUUAAUCAGGAUGGUAAUGGGAACCUUGAAUUCUCGAACAAUGCAUUUGAUCUUGAGGACAUCUCUCUUAAUAUUGACCCACCAUAUGGUUUUGGCAACGGAAAUCCGUCGGUACCAGCAGGAGAUGCUGAAGUUAUUGUACUAAGUGAUUCUGAUGAAGAGAAUGAGCCAAUUAUCCCAUCUGGAGCUGUCUUUAAUAACAACCAUAGUGAUGCACCUGUAGUUUCUUUUCCAGCUCAACCACUAGGAAUUCCGGAUUCUUUUCAUGAUUCGGCGCUUGUUAAUGGUGGGAAUUCAUGCCUGGGGCUGUUCAAUUCUUCUAAUGACGAUGAAUUUGGGAUCAACUUGUGGUCUUUGCCUUCUGGAACCCAAGGUGGCCCUGGUUUUCAGUUAUUUAGUUCUGAUGCUGAUGUUUCAGGAUCUAUAGUAGAUGUGCAGCAUGAAUCUAUUAACUGUACCAGUUCUAUGAGUGGGUAUGGGUUGGCUGCAGAUACUGGCAUUGGAUCUGCUUCUCUUCUUCCUGAAACAUACACCAAUCGCCCUAAUGCUGAUAUAAAUGACAGUUUAGUUGAUAAUCCCCUUGGAUUUAGUGGUAAUGACCCCUCACUUCAGAUAUUUCUUCCUACUAGACCAUCAGAUACGUCAGUUGAGGCUACGAGGGAUCAGCCUGAUGUUUCAAAUGGCGUUGGUACUGAAGAUUGGAUCUCACUUAGGCUUGGUGGUGAUGGAGGAGUUCCUGGUGAUUCUGCAGUUGCAAAUGGGUUAAGCUCUGGGCAGCAAGUACAAGCUAAAGACACUGCUUUGGACUCAUUGGCUGACACUGGUAGUGAUGCUCCUGUUUGUGCAGCUUCAUUGCUUAUUGGUAUGAAUGACGGCAGAUCAACUAAGAGCAGUAGAGAACGAUCAGAUAGUCCUUUUACAUUUCCUCGUCAACGUCGUUCUGUAAGACCAAGAUUGUAUCUAAGUAUUGAUUCGGAUUCUGAAUAGGAGCAGAUUCCAUGGUGGCAGAACAAUGAUUACUGUUGCUAAGCAAAGUAUGUGGAUAUGACAAGAUGAGCUUGCUAGUGAACAGACAUUGGUCAACAAGAAAGUAUCCUCUCACAUCUGUGCUGGCAACGUAGGAGUUUUCUUAGUGGACCAAUCACAUUUUUUUUCUCUUCCGUUUCCGGAUGGAAUCCUUGGAAGGUGACUCACUGGUGAACUGUAUAUUUUGGACAGCUUAGCUCAGUACAAAAACUUCUAGUAACAUCCACUGGUAAAUGAACUCUGGAUAUAGAGGGAUAGGCAUUUUAGCGCUUUGAAAUCUCCUCUUGCCAUUUGUGAAGCCAGUAGCCUGUAAAUCGGUUUAAACUAACUUAUAAAAAUGUAUAAUGUUUUGAAUGUGUUUAACCGUUAAUGGACCUUUUAAUAAUUUUGGUGCGACGGAAGGUGGUAAGAGGAAUAGUGAUGGGACUCGUUGAUUCCGAUUCUUUAUUUUUAGUUGAUGCAUUUAGAAUUAGAAAGGAUUGUGCAACCCGUGAUAAGAGCUUGUUCUA